UUUUCUGUUAAAUUGCUUUUUAACUCCCGGUUCGAGCAAUACUUCAGCUCUCCAACAGCAGGUAAGCGCAGUGACGUCUCUUCCGGCCAAAGAGGAAAGCCACGUCACAUCUAGGAGCGCCAUAGAAGCGGUUUGAUUGAUGAGGAGUUGGUGAGCAAUUAACAGAAGUCAAAACUAUUUCCGGCACUUUAAAAGUAAUUUUAGCAUUCUUUUUCUCAGGUGAGACCACAAUCACCAUACCAUAGUGGAAGAGUGACCCAGUCAACAGAAUUUCAUGAUAUUUUGUGUGGUUUAUUUUUUUCAGGGUCCUCCAGGCCUGCGUGGCGGUAGUGAGCUACGGUUGCCUUUAACCGGGAAGGGGGUUGCGCUCCGUAGGAGUGGCUCCUAUGGUUCGACAUCGCCUCACCCGGCGUGAACGAAGGCGGCCAACCUAGAUGGUACUUGAACACGGCAGCUAACAUUGGGGAUUUGCAAUUCCAAAGGAAGAGAUAUUUAGUUAUCUCGUCUUUGAGCCAGACCGUACCGCCAUGGCUCUUUACGAAUAUGUCACUCAGGAGCAGCUUGCGGGCUUCGACAAAUAUAAGUACAGCGCAGUGGACUCGAAUCCCCUGUCCAUCUACGUCAUGCAUCCUUUCUGGAACUUUGUUGUGAAGUUUCUACCCACAUGGUUGGCACCAAACCUCAUUACAUUUACAGGCUUUAUGUUCCUUGUGUUGAACUUCCUCAUGUUGGCCUUCUACGACUUUGACUUCAAUGCAUCUUCUGCAGGACAUCAACAUGUGCCUAGUUGGGUCUGGGUUGCAGCUGGGAUCUUCAACUUCUUAGCCUAUACACUUGAUGGUGUUGAUGGCAAACAGGCACGUCGCACCAACUCUUCCACGCCGCUAGGGGAGCUUUUUGACCACGGUCUGGACAGCUGGGCCUGUGUCUUCUUUGUGGCCACUGUAUACUCUAUAUUUGGGCGUGGGGAGAGUGGCGUCGGUGUGGUCACGCUUUAUUACAUACUGUGGGUGGUGCUGUUCUCCUUCAUACUGUCCCACUGGGAGAAAUAUAACACUGGCAUCUUGUUUCUGCCUUGGGGAUAUGAUAUCAGCCAAGUGACAAUCUCCCUUGUUUACUUGGUUACUGCUGCAGUGGGUGUGGAAACCUGGUACCAACCAGUCAUUUUUCACCUUCUCUACAGAGACCUCUUCACCUUUAUGAUCAUUGCUUGUUCCUUCACUGUGACCUUACCUAUGAGCCUCUACAAUGUCCUCAAGGGUUACAGGAAUAACACACUGAAGCACAGCAGCCUGUAUGAAGGUUUACUGCCUUUCCUCUCUCCGUUUCUUCUGUUUGUCCUGUCCACCAUCUGGGUGAUCUACUCUCCAUCCAACAUCCUGGAGCUGCAGCCCAGGAUCUUCUACCUCAUGGUGGGGACAGCUUUUGCCAACGUCACGUGUAAGCUGAUUGUGUGUCAAAUGAGUAACACGCGCUGCCAGCCACUGAGCAUACUGUUACUGCCCAUGACAGCGGUGGUGCUGUUAGCCAUCACCAGGGUCUUCACCAACGAGACGCUUCUGCUUUAUUUGUGGACAGCUGCUGUCGUAUUAGCGCACAUACACUACGGCGUGUCAGUGGUAAAACAGCUCAGUAACCACUUCAGCAUCUUUGCCUUCUCCCUCAAGAAGCCCAACAGCGACUGACAGGAGGAGGAACGAAUCGGCUUGAAAGGAGCAGAGGUUUAAGCUUCUCUCCUCCUCUGCUUACGACACUUCACUUUCAUCACCGCGGAAACCGCAUCCCCUCCAUCCAUGACGACACUGCAAGUGGAAAGGACUAGGGUUUUCUUUUUCCAGUGUCUUCAAAAACACACAGUCACUCUGAACAUACACGCUCACACGUUCCCUAACCUAUCCACCAACCAAACUCUGGUGUCAGCGAUGUGGUGGGCCCAGAGGCUCUGGCUUCCGUCACUGAUGAUUGGCCAACUCGGUUGAGCCAAUGAGGUGCAAUUGUUUCCUACGGAAAUGUGCUUCAGUCGCGAGGACAGGAGCCCAGACGAGCCAUGCAAAGAUAAACACUCGCAUUGUUUGUACUGCUGUCUUUCGUGAGGGCCCUCAUUGUCCCAGCGCAGUGCCCAGACCGCCCCCCCUCUUAUAUUGUCCAUCACAAGUCAAUGCCUAACCCUUAACCGCACACGUUUCUACUCCAGGCCUCCACCCUCACACAGCCUGUCUUCUAAGUUCCGACUCAAAGUGAGGAAAGGCAGAAAUUCCCCUCACUCCCGAGGUCUUCACAAAGAUAGACGUACAAGCUAAUUGACACAGAAAGAUGCAUUAUUCUGUUUAAUGCAGAUGAAUAAAUACUUUGUGGCAGAUAUUUCAUUAUAGACACAGCCACAAACACGCACACACACGUGUACUCUUAAAAGUAUUAUGAAUGUAUCAUAUGCCUUGGGGAAAUGCCAUUUCAGUUUUAUUAUAUUAACAGGAAUGCCUCAAGUAGUGUUGUUCUUGAACGUGACCAAACCAUCAAACUCUGGCCACAUGUGGCUCCACAGCUGGGUCCAGUGUUUAUAGGUUCUGUCACUUUUUUUUUUUUAAUGAGAUGAUUUGCGGUUGGACAUCUCUGUGAUAUAUGUUAAUAGAUAUAUAUAUAUAUGUAUACAUAAACGGUAUGUGUCAGGGGAUUUGGGGCAUCCUUUUUUUCUAACUUAAAUGAAAACAUUGUACAAACUUCCCUCUGAAGUUCACUGUCUGCUCUGUCGUCUUAGAACAGAGUUGAUAAUAGAGCAAACCCAGGUGACUUUUACUAACUUUCCACUUUGACCUCUGUCUGAGCACUGGCUUCCCAACUCUACCUACUAUCUGAGGUGUCGUGUCUUCAUGCUGAUUCGUUCUUUUCUUCUUCUGUUUUUUAAACAUUUUUUUUUUUAAUGUUUUUUGGUUGUAGUUUUUAAAAUUUUUUUAACAUACAUGUCUUUUGGGGGGGGUUGAUUCAACUGUUGCCAUGGCAAUGGUGUGUGGUAAAGUUGCGUAGCACUUGAAUGAAGAGUGGGUCCAAAAACCGCUAACGGAGCGGGCUCACUCUGAGGGAACAAGUCGUCGCACAGGACACCGCAAAUUCCACAGCGCCGCCUGGCUCCGCGGUCCCUCCUCGCACAGAUAUUAUCACCUCCUCAUUUUUUGUUUUUUCUCAGCGGUGUGUCUGAUAACUUGUCUUGUUGUUUUUUCCGGUCCUGUAAAAACUGUUCCUCUCAUGUGAUUGUAACCAUGUAUCCAGUGUGAAGAAUAUUCAGUCAUGGCCUCAGCACUCUGAUUUUCAUCAAACUGGUUUUCAAAGCAUGCCGAGAGAAGAGGGGCAGGCUUGUUGUAGUUCAGUUAAGCUACGAUUGUUUGUUCCACCAGUUUGAUCUUCACCAUUUUUGAAAACCAGCCAAACCAGAAGAAAAACAGUAUGAGAUGUAAAGUUCUUGUUUACUUGGGAUACCUCACUCUUUAUCCAAAGGUGGAACAGGAAGAACCAGUAAGCUGAAAAUAAAAGGACAAAAACCCACAAAACUCAUCACUGAAUAAGAAUUAUAGGAAAACCUUGUACUGGGCUUAGGAACAGUCAGGCAGGUCAGGAGUUAAUGUUUGUUAGUUAUCUGACUGAAUACGAUUUCCAGUCAUAGUAAGCAUCUUCUCUUUAUACAGUCUUCUUAAUUUAAAGGAUACAUAGGAAACAUGCACUGGGGAUAUAUAAACAACGCUGGUAUCAUCUCUGCAGUUUUACCACUUGUGCAGAGGUUUUGCACGUAAACUGUUACUGAGCAUCAUUGAACACUGAGACCACAGGCACAACCUAGUUAGUGUCCCUGUAUGGCUGGGAGGAACAUAAUGGACAACUAAGUAGAUGAUUGUGAUUCGCAGUACCUGUUUUCAGUCACAAGUGCAUUAUAACGGUUGAAAGUGAUUGGACGAAGCUUUUUUUUUUUUUUUUUUUUUUAAUAAAUGAGGUUUAUGAAACCCCGCUUCAUAAAGUAGAUUGUAGUAAUGUGGCAACAACUGUGACUGAUUUAAGCCCGGCACAGCGAGCUAACUGUGUCUCUGGUGGGUUUAUGCACUGCCUGGGUAUGUACAGCUCCAUGAGUACAUGUCUGUUUAAGUAUGGGUGUAUACGCUGUAUGUGUGAAUAUCUCUGUAAAUACAUAUUAUUAUUUCUUC